AUGGAAACGACGAGGUUGGUUUUGUUUUCACUUGUUUUGGUUUUGGCUUUAGGGUUUGUAAGCGCAGGSAGCUUUGAAUACACUGAGGACGAUCUGGCGUCGGAUGAGGCCAAGUGGGCCUUGUACGAGAGGUGGAGGGAUCACCACAAGGUGCCGGAGCAAAGCGAUGAUGAGAAACAGAAACGGUUCAUCAUCUUCAUGGACACCGUGAAACGUGUGGACAACCAUAACAAGGCCAAGAAGCCAUACCUUAUGGAGCUGAACAAGCUGKCUGAUUUGACWWSMGAMGAGAUUGUACGCACGUAUACCGGCGCCAAGCUAGAUGASCACCACCGGAUGCUUUCAUCAAGGGGCAAUUCCAGCCGUCUCAAGUAUGCUGAUCGCCACGAUUUACCAGCCGAGGUCGAUUGGAGACAAUUCAACAACGUAGUUGUUGCUCCCAAGAAUCAAGCCCAAUGUGGAAGUUGCUGGGCGUUUGCAGCGAUGGGUGCACUCGAAUCAGCACACGGUCUCAAAACCGGUAACCUAAUCUCAUUGUCGGAACAACAAAUUAUMGACUGUGACACUGAAAAGAACGGUGGAUGUAACGGAGGGGGAUGUGACGGAGGGGUGUUGGAUUAUGGAUUCACAUACGUGAAGAGGAAUGGAGGUUUAACUUCAGAGGAGAGCUACCCUUACACAAUGGCAGCUGGAACUUGCAAUCAGAUUGCUAAUAAAGUGGCAAAGAUMGAUUCAUAUAAGGAUGUCCCUAUGGAGAACGAGGCSGCUCUAAUGAAAGCAGUUGCAGCCCAGCCGGUAGCGGYUUGCRUUGAUACUCCUAUUGAUUUCCAGUUAUAUGGAGAGGGAAUCUUAACCGGAGACUGUGGAAAGGAACUGAGCCAUGGGCUAACGGUGGUCGGAUAUGAUGACACGCAGAAGUUCUGGAUACUGAAGAACUCCUGGGGACAAGAUUGGGGAGAGGGUGGAUACAUUCGAAUAGCAAAAGACGCUCCUUUCCCGUGGGGGAUGUGUGGCAUAGCAUUGGAGGCUUCUUACCCAAUCAUCAGGGAUGGAAAUCAACCACCCAAGGAAGAAUUCUAG